AUGACGCUUGCUGGUGGUGCUGCGCUUAUGGCUAUUUGCAUGCUCAUCACUGCGCUCAUUGUUGAUUAUGUCCCAACUCAAUCUGCGACUAAUGUUACUUCUGCUGGGAGAGCGACGGUUGCUAUGAUUUAUCUUGACAUUAUGAUCUACAACUGCUCUUGGGGUCCACUGCCUUGGGCAUACGUACCAGAGAUCUUCCCAACACGGAUUCGAGCUCUGGGAUUGGCAGUUAGUAUGCUUGCUCACUGGGCAUCAUCUUUCUGCUUCUCCUUCGCGAGUCCCUACAUGAUCAAGAACGUCGGUGCUAACACCUUCCUCGUCUUCAUGGGCUUUGACAUUGUAGCUGCUGGCUUUUGCUGGGUUUUUGUCAAGGAAACCCGCGGCAAGAAUCUCGAAAUUGCUGCUGGUACUGAGUGGGAAACUGCGGAGCGAAGCUCGACUGAUGAUAGUGAGAAAGGAGGUGUGCUCAAUGCGGAUGGUAAGAAAGUUCAGAUCGUCAGUGUGCAUGAAAACUUCCAUGCAAACCUCAAGCAUCAGUCCGUGGAACAUUGA